CCCGGGAGGGCCGCCUCGCGGGCUUGUGCCGGCUCGGCCGGCGCCGGUGCCGAGCUCCGCGGCAGCGGAGGCAGGGAGAAGACUACCAUCCAGGAAGGCAGCACAAGACCAGGACUGGCCUGUGGAUCUUUCUAGGACAAGCCAACAGUAUCAGCAGGGGUUCCCUUCUAAGCCAAAGAGGUCCGAAGCACACUUGGCUUCGAGAAGAGCCAUGGUAUUCAGGAGAGCUGGGUGCAGCUGUCAGUGGUGGUCUGGACCCCUGGUCAUGUUAACAACUGCCCUGCUGCUCAUCAGCCUGUCACAGGGGGCCCAAGGAGUGGCCAGGGCCAACCUCAGCGCUGCUCUGCACCCCGCUGGAUCACUGAUGGAGGGCUACUACCUGAGCAUUGGGGAUGGUUCUGUAAUGGAGUUUGAGUUUCCUGAGAAGAGUGAGGGUAUCAUUGUGAUCUCAAGCCAAUACCCAGGACAAACCAACAGGACAGGGCUCAGCCCCACACUGAGAGUCGCAUCCCUGGACCCAGAAGUGUUGACCAUCAAGAACAUAAGUGCCAUCCAGUGGGGCAGUGGAGGUGGCUUUGUGGUAAGCAUCCAUUCAGGACUAGCAGGGCUAGCCCCACUGCACAUCCAGCUUCUGGACUUCCACAAGGGCAUGCCCGUGCUGAUCGAGGAGCGGAGAGAUUUCUGCAUCAGAGUCUCAGCUGCUGAAGACACCCCUGCUACCCUCAGCACCAGCUUGGCACACUUCUCAGAGAAUCCGAUACUCUACCUGCUUCUGCCUCUUGUUUUUGUCAACAAGUGCUCAUUUGGAUGUAAAGUGGAACUUGAGGUUCUGAAGGGUCUCCUGCACAGCCCCCAGCCCAUGCUGUUGGGCCUUUUGGGCCAAUUUCUGGUGAUGCCUUUUUAUGCUUUUCUGAUGGCCAAGGUGUUCAUGCUCCCCAAGGCCCUGGCUCUUGGCCUCAUCAUUACCUGUUCGUCACCUGGUGGUGGAGGAAGCUACCUGUUCAGCCUGCUUCUUGGAGGAGAUGUGACAUUGGCUAUCUCUAUGACUUUCAUCUCAACAGUAGCGGCCACUGGGUUCCUGCCACUAUCCUCCAUCAUCUACAGCCACUUGCUCAGCAUCCACGAAACCCUCCAUGUGCCCAUCUCCAAGAUCCUGGGGACCCUGUUGUUCAUCUCCAUCCCCAUAGCAGCAGGUGUGUUCAUCAAGUUCAAGCUCCCCAAGUUCUCCCAGCUGUUGGUACUGGUCAUCAAGCCCUUCAGCUUUGUGCUCCUCCUAGCUGGCCUCAUCCUGGCCUACCGCAUGGGGGUCUUCAUCUUGGCAGGUGUCCGGCUACCCAUUGUAGUGGUUGGCUUCACCGUGCCCCUUGUUGGCCUCUUGGUGGGCUACUGCCUGGCCACAUGCCUGAAACUGCCGGUGGCCCAGAGGCGGACUGUGAGCAUUGAGGUUGGGGUGCAAAACAGCUUGUUAGCCUUGGCCAUGCUGCAGCUGUCUCUCCGCCGCCUUCAAGCCGACUAUGCCUCCCAGGCACCAUUCAUCGUGGCUCUCACUGGGACCUCUGAAAUGCUGGCUUUGGUCGUUGGUCACUUCAUCUACAGAAGCCUGUUUCCGGUCCCAUGAAGCUCCUGGGUCAAGCUUUCAUCACCUCAGCCUCUUGGUUCACCACUGGCCCCUACAGUUCCUGUAUACCAAAGGCCUUUAGUUCUCAUGCACUAUGCACUCAAACAAAUUUGGGCUUGUUGGUUUUUUUACUGUUGUUUUAUUUUUUAAUUCUCCAGCUUUCAGUGCCAAAGAGGCUAUGCUAAAUAAGGUGUGUGCAGUGCUGAGAAAAUAUAUUUCAAUAAAAC